CUUAGUAAGCACACAAAACCUUUAUUUGGAAUAAACAAAAUUAUAAACAUUGAACUAAAAUUUUUCCAAAAUGUGUAAAUCCGUUUUAAUCAAAAUUGUAAAUAAAGAAAAGAUGUUUAAUAUCUAUUAUCUCUGAAUUGAAAACAAGAACUCAUCAUGCUGCUCGCCACAACACAUCCAUCGACGUUACCGAAAACCAAAACAAGUUGAAAGCCGCCGAAGUGCGGAAAAGUGAGGAAAACCGAACUGGCUUUUCUGCUGGCUGCGGCAGAGGAAACGUUAUUUCCAGGAAAUGCACUUAACUCUUUCACUCCGUCUCGUUUUGUUUUAUUUUUCCUUACCUCUCGUGCUGAGCGAAAUUUUGAGGACCCAAUCGCUAGGAACUUUCUUUUGAUCAAGUGAAAAAUUGGUGUGCGAAAAACGCCAGUUGGAAAAGCUCACUCACUCGGAAAAAAUAGCAUUAGCGGCGGGAUGUGAGAACGAAAGCGAAACAAUCCCAAUCCGAAGAUGCCACAGUACAGAUGCCAGAAGAGCCAGAAAGGCCAGAAAAGCCCAUGGAGCUAAUUAAGCCGCCUCGCAUGAGUGGUGAGUGUGCUUGUGUGUGGUUUUAGGGGCCAGAGGUUGCGGGUGGCUCUGCAUCAAGGGAAAGCACUAACUGCAACAUCAACAUCAACAUCCACAAUAAGAGCAACAUCAGGCGGAAAAACAACAAAGAUGAGAAAUCGCUGGCUUCCUGGCUUCAUGAAGAAAUAAGCCUAGAGUGCCAGUUCGGUAGGAAAAACUUGUUCAUCUUCAGCUCUAACGAGCUAACGGAGCCUAGCGGUCCAACUGAACUGAUGGGCGGACUGGCGAACUUGGACGGACGGACGCUCCGUUGGACGGACAACUGUGAGCGAUUCCACACAAAACGAGACGAUAGGUAAACAACAAGCCAGCAGCAACAACAAGAGCAGCGGUACAAGUAGCAAAUGGCAAGUGCAAGUGUAACAGCAGCGGACUCCUGCACUUUUCUGGAGAUGGCCUCGUGAUCACGAGAUCUUUACCAGCUCUUCACUGCAAUCAGGUUUAUGAAACAAUUUAACACCAAAGAAAAUAAAUAACCUUUUAUGAGGUAUUUUGA